CGCUGCAAAAAGAAAAAAUGCUGCAAAAAGAAAAACGCUGCAAAAGCACACAAAGCACAACGGAAAUAGGAAAAGACACAACGGAAAUAGGAAAAGACACAACGGAAAUAGGAAAAGACACAACGGAAACAGGAAACGACACAACGGAAAUGUUCCUGGGGAGACAAUAAACCGACGGACCAGUUGCACGAACCAAAACAUGCUAGCCAGUGCGCUGGGACUGCGAGACACUUCAAAGAAGUGGAGGAGAGGCAAUGUAUUGUCCAUAUUGUGGAAUCCAGCUAGUGGGGCAAAUUGGAGUUUUUUGUGGGUCCUGUGGAACUAACAUUCAAGUUUUAGCACCUUUUAUAGAGAAUGGCCCAGUCUCAGUCACAGACAUCAUCAAUAAGUAUUUCUCUGAGGGCCAUACAUAUGAAGUGAUCCUGGACUUUCUUGAAAACAAGCAUAAUAUUUGUAUGAGUCUGAGAACAUUAAAGAAGAGGCUAAAAGAUGCUGGAAUGACUAGAAGGACUGACUUUACUCCCACUGACAUUGUCAUUUCCACUGUUACACAAGAACUGAGAGGCUCAGGUCAGCUUCUGGGUUACAGAUCCAUGUGUCAGACACUGCGACAAAAGUAUAAUCUGACAGUUAAAAGAAAUGAUGUAAUGCACAUACUCUCAAGACUAGAUCCAUAUGGUGUUAAGCGUCGCUGUAAACGCCGGUUUGUUCGAAGAGGAUAUUUUUCAGAAGGACCAAAUCAAGUGUGGCAUGUGGAUGGAUAUGAUAAGCUGAAACCCUUUGGUGUUGCUAUUAGUGCAUGUGUCGAUGGAUUUUCAAGGAAAGUUAUGUGGCUCAACUGUGGCAGCUCAAAUAAUGACCCAGGUGUUAUUGCAAAAUAUUAUAUGGAGUGCGUGACACGGUUUGGUCAACUUCCAGCAUGCCUUCGUACAGACUGUGGCACAGAAAAUGGCACAAUGGCAGCCAUUCACUGUGCUUUAAGAUCAGACCAUGGAGAUGAACUUGCAGGAGCCCACAGUCAUAUGUAUGGCACCUCAACUACAAAUCAACGGAUUGAAAGUUGGUGGUCUUCGUUCAGAAAGCAAAGAACUCAGUUCUGGAUUGAACUCUUCAGUGACCUGAGGGAGAGGCAUCUUUUCAACGGCAGUCAUGAACAUAAAUGCCUUCUACGAUAUGUCUUCCUCAAUGUCUUGCAAAAAGAGCUUGACGAGUACAGAGAUCUCUGGAACACUCACACCAUCCGACCUGUGCGCCAAUCUUGUUGUCCAUCUGGUAAACCAGAAGCCAUGUAUCACCUACCUCAUAGGUAUGUAUUUAGUCCAUGUAUUUUAUUUCAUAGUUUUACUAAAAUUUUUCUUCCUCAGUAUAGUGUAUUGUAUGUGCAGGAUACCUGUCCAGCUUGCUGUUAUUCCACCUUUUGUUCAUUUAUAUAAUUGUUCAGGAACAGUCCAUCCCUUAUGUGCACUCUUUUCUUUCUUGACCUAACCACUUGAGUUAAGUAAGCAGUAUGUCAUUUAGGUUUAACAAUUUACACUAACUGUUACUCACUUUACCAAUUGAAUAGUGUGUUUUUUUGUUUUCACCUUUUUGCUGAAUAAAAAUUAAAGCUGCCACUUGUGUUUUGCCAUUAGUUCUGUUCUCUGACUUCAUGCACAUACGUUUUAUUUUUAUAUUUUUUUCC